AUGGAUGAUGUGGAUGAGAAUGAGAAAAUGGUGGAAAAAAGUCUUCUUGAUAUUAUACACCGUAUUCAUGCUGCAGAGAUUAAAAGCCUAAUACGUAAUAUUCAGGAACUUUUGAAAAAAUAUCAUAAUGCUGAAGACUUGACGUGGAAAGCUAUUUCUGCCUACAACAAAGCUAACAUGACACCAUGCCAGUUUAUCAAUGAUCAUCAGUCUGCAAUGGUCACAGAUUUUAACGAAGUGAGAAGUAAUUGGUUCUGUGAUCCAAGAAGCCGGAAACUCUUCCAGUUCAAUCACCUAAUGCAAAAGGUAACUAUGUGGAUAGAUUGGGAACCUGAUGAAGUAUCCGAGCCAUGGCGACGAGCUAUCGAGAUUUCCUUCAUUCCGUACACCAAAAAAUAUUUCGAAAGUGGUGCUUGCUCUGUUUUCGGCACUAGCAAGAACGACAUAAUAAUUAUAACUAUUUGCUUCAGCCAUAGACUGCGAAACAGAGGACAUGUUUAUAGUGGAAGUUGGAAGUCUGUUUGGACAGUACGAAUAAUAAAAGGUUUACAAGAAGCUGAACUUAAAGGCACUUUGAAGAUAGAUGCUUAUUAUUCCGAAGAAGGUCUGUCUUCUUUAACAGCAGACAGAAACAUAGAUUUUAUUAUCCCAAUAAGCGAUAAAGAGCAGACUGUAUCAAAAUUAACGAAUUUGGUAGAAAAAUUCGAAACUGAAUUUCAUACUUCAGUUAUUGAAAAUCACUUGGAUAUAUCAAAAAAUAUCUUGAAACUGUUUCGUCGUCGUUUGCCUAUUUACAAAACUAGUAUGAAUUGGAAUGUAAGAUUUGGAAAACCAGAUAUAAGCAAAUCUAAACUAUUUUGA